AUGCAAAUGAAUUUAUUUGCAUUAUCAGCUGUGAUAUUUCCAGCUUUAAUUAAAGCCGCUACAGAAACAGUAACUGAAUUUUCUACCGUUUUAGGAAACGGUGGUUUCACUUAUACCACUACUUAUGACACUUCCAUUGCCAAUGUCACUGGUGCUGACGGUAUUGAAACUCAAAAUGUUAUCUACUAUGUCAAGACACCAGCUCACAUUGUCCGUACUACUUCCCUUACUGCCUGGACCGGUUCUUACGAUGAUUUGUACUCUUCCUUAAUCACCACCGCUGUCGGUACUGAUGACCUCACCACUACCACUACCAUUUACUUCAUGAGAACCCCAGGUCCAGUCAGCUUCUCUACUGAUUUAAGAAACGGUGGUUUCACAUACACCACUACUUAUGACACUUCCGUUGCCAUUGUCACUGGUGCUGACGGUAUUGAAACUCAAAAUGUUAUCUACUAUGUCAAGACACCAGCUCACAUUGUCCGUACUACUUCCCUUACUGCCUGGACCGGUUCUUACGAUGAUUUGUACUCUUCCUUAAUCACCACCGCUGUCGGUACUGAUGACCUCACCACUACCACUACCAUUUACUUCAUGAGAACCCCAGGUUCUUCAUCAGUUCUAGUCUCAUCUUCAUCAGGUCCAUCCUCAUCUUCAUUAGGUUCAGCCUCAUCCUCAGCAUCUUCAUCUAUUACUACUUCUUCAUCAGUAUCGUCAUCGAAAACAAGUUCUACUGCUCAAUCAGUUUCUGUCCCUGCUGCAUACACUACCAGCGUAGAAUACCAUGGUGUUAUGAUGAAAAUGAUUGUCUCUUAUGAUGCUGUUGUUGAAGCUGAUGGUGAUAUUGAUAUAUCUACUACUAGUUAUAUGGUUGACGAAACCACCACGACUGCUGUUGUGAGCGUAACUGAAACAAACACUGUUACAGUUUUCACUCAAUGUUAA